AUGUCAUUGUUGCCAUUGACAUUCCCACAGUCUCAUCAGGCACCAUACCUCAAGACCCUUUUCUUCUGCUGCAUUCUCUACUUCCCUUCCUAUAUGGGGCUGCCUGAUCCAGCAGCAACCACCCUUAAGCCCAUUUUCCCAAGCCCAUCUAAACCAACAACAACAACAAUCCCAGCAUUCCCAGAACAAUCUGAUGUUGCAGGUUGCCCACUUACUCUCUCAAAUGAGUUCUUUGAUGGGAUAAAGAGUGCAUGUGGUGUCACAAAAGAUGGUGGCGACAUGGAACUGCACCACAGUAGGUGCUGCCCUGUGCUUGCAACAUGGUUGUAUUCUGCAUACUCUUCUACUGCACUUGGCAUAGUAGAUCGUAGCCAUGGUCAUGGGCAUGGUAAUGGCCAUGCCACAUCAUCAUAUAACAUGAUGCCUUUGCUGCCAGAUGACUCUGAAAGCUGUAUGAAUGAGUUGGGAAAGGCUUUGAAAGUGAGAGGCAUUGAACUGACAAGGCCAAAUGAGACAUGUGAUGUGGUGUAUUGCUUUUGUGGCAUUAGGCUCCACCCUUUGAACUGCCCUGAUGCAUUUUCUCUGAGCCAAAGUGGGGAACUUGUUGUGGAUGCAAGUGUAAAAAGGUUGGAGAAGAAUUGCUUGAGUAGCACCACAAAUGUCAAUGGUUUCCCUGGUCUUGGAGGGUGUUCCAAGUGCUUAAACAGCCUCUAUUUGCUUAACAAGAAGACUUCAAACACAAGCAAAGCAGAAGACAGGACCACCAAGAUUCACAACAAAGAUUGUGAGCUCAUGGGUUUGACAUGGCUACUGGCUAAGAAUAGGACAGCUUAUAUGCACACGGUUUCUGCGGUGCUUCGCGCUUUGAUGUUGAACAGUGAUGGAUCUGACCCACAAUCCUGCUCCCUAAACAGUGAUGGAAUGCCUCUUGCUGUGGAUUCAUCUGAAAUCUCUGAUCACUCUUCAUCAACCAAUCUCCAACAACCCACCUCUCUUUCUUUGUUAUUAUUUCUUUGUUUGUUACUACUACCUUUGCAUUUUGCCAUGUUAUUUUCCUAA